UUCCGGCCUGUGGGGAGCAUGGCGGGGCUUGGGCAGGCGGCGGCCUCUCAGGAGCUGCUGGCCGCGGGGCGCCGCGGAGGUUUGGAAGAAACGUUACUGAUUAGUUCAAAGCCUGGCCGCAAGAAGGCUACGACUUUACAGACUGUAAGGGUGCCAAGGAGUAAUGUUUUGGACAGAGUACAGAGCUUUUUACCACAGAUGGCUCAUGCAAAUGAUGAGCUAAAAAGAAAAAUGGUAACAGCACCAGCUCAUCAGUUUGAUAUUGAAAAUCUCGACAGUGCCACUGAGAAAGUUAUAGAAAUGAAUGUGGCUGUAGUUGAACUGAGUGAUUCUGAUACAGAUGAAGAGAACCUAACUUCAGAAGAUGACUCAGAAUCUGAAGAUGACUGUAUAACUGAUGAAGUGACAAUAGACAACAUUAAGUUUCCUAAACCAAAGGGAGAAAAGGGCAAAAUAGAAAUUUUGGACAGCAAAGUGAAUGAGUGAAUCAAUUUUUAUUAUACUUAAAAAAAAUAAAAAAAAUAAAAAAAAAAAAAUAGUAUUCAAGCAAACCAUGUUUUCUUACUUUGAAGACUUAGCCUUUAAAUGGCAUUGUUUCUCCAUGUGAGAUUCCCGAGGAUCCUGUGAAAUGCUAUUGUUUACUUGGUGGAGAAUUCAGGAUCCGCUCAUGGCUCUGAAGCAAGCCACAUCUCUGAAGAAUUAAGUAAUGUCUUAUUCAUCAGACAACAUGAAAAUUCCAAGCUUUCUUGUGAAGUUAGACUAAGAAAGCAGCUACAAGUUGGAAUGUUUGAGCAGAAAGGCGUACUGCAGAGCUAGUUGAGAAAAUUCUUGUUCUCGUUUUGUUGAAGAAAGAUUUUUGUAGUGUGCUUAGAAUAAAGCUUGACUUCGAGGGCAGGAAAGAAAUGACAAGGAAAAAUCUGUUCUUUAUUAUGUCCUGUAAAGUAUUAGUGUACAAUGUCUUCAAUAUUAAAUGUUACCUUAAAGUACAUUAGAAGUUGUUUGUAUGUUGCCAUCAUCACAGUAACUGCUGAAUACCAAAGCAACAGCUGAGGCUGUUUCAAGAUGAGGUAGCAUAGGUAAGGAUAACAUUUUAAUAAGCCAUGACUUGAAAGAGUUUAGCAAAGAAUUACUUAUACUUCUGGGCUUGCGCUGAGUUACAGGUAGGUUGCUGCUAUUCCCUGAGCUAGCUCCUAUCUGCAGUGUUUGAGUAAAUACCUGUGGUACUCAGGUCAAGUCCACCUCUGUGGUGUUACAGGUGCACUAAGCCACGCUACUCAUCUACUGCUUUAUCACAUUUCUGCUCUUCAUUUUGUUAAUUGUCACUACCAGAAGAAUCAAAAAGUUUAUUUUCAGUUGGCCUGUCCUCAGGCUAGCUUGAAACAAUCGUGAAACCACAAUCAGUGAAAAUAUGUCUCAUUUGUACUUACCUCAGAUUGGUGAAAUACAAUGAUUUGGGCUGCUGUAUUUACUUUACAGAUUGUUUCGUGUUUCAAAAGUCUCUGUGAUGCUCCUGUGUAUCACACGUUGUUUCCUGAAGUACUAUUUUCUAUUUGCUAUAUCAUUCAUAUUUUCUUUAUUGUAUUUGCUCGGAUAUUAAACUUAAAAAAUAA